UGAAUGCUCGAGAAAUGGGUUGUCAUCAGUGGCGCCGAAGGUUUUAGUGUUAUCAGAGAGUUCCUGCUAGAGAGGUUUUAGUGUUAGGGAAUAAGAAACACAGACCGAGAGAAUGAAUUCUGUUUUAUACCCAACAUCUGUUUACCGUCCACUCACGGCAAGAUCACCACUUUCUCCAACGGGUGGUGAUAAAACCGCUUUCUUUGGCGUUUCUUUGGACAAUGGUCCUUCAAUCGCAACUCUCAGACCCACACGCCGAAGGAAUUUCUCGAGUUGGGUACUUAAAUCUGUUGGUUCUAGAGAUAAACGACUUCUUUGCUGCAAAUCUCAACUCACUUCAGACCUAGCUCCUGCCGUUUCUGCUGUCUAUGGAACUCUUUUACUUACUGGAGGUCUUUUUGCCUAUACGAAGUCUGGAAGCAAGGGAUCACUGUUUGGUGGACUUACAGGAGGAUCUCUUAUGGCCAUUGUUUACGUCCUUUCACAAUCGCCAGAGACAAAGCAAAUAGGGUAUGCACUAGGGUUUGGAAGCUCUCUUCUUUUCGCAUCUAUAUUUGGUAUACGUUUGGCUGCUACUCGUAAAAUAGUUCCUUCAGGCCUUCUUCUAGCCAUAUCUACAGGUGCCCUUGCUGUCUUUGUCUUGGCCAAUAUGGAAGGCACCGUCUGAAUUUAUAAGGACUUUAAUUAGGUAUAUUUGAACCGAAAUCUAAUAUCUCUUAUAAUGAAUUAUCAGACGGCCUUAUACAUCAGUAUGGUUAGUCUCUGUUUUUUGUGGGAUUUGAGACUUUUUCAUGGGCAGCAAGAACCAAUAAAUUAGAUGCAGUUCUAUUUUACAUCGCUUUCUACAUGUUAAUGGCAUCACAUUUUCUUGUGCGUUA